AUGGCAGCGAUCUUCAGAUUGCUUCAAGGUACUAAACACAUCAACUGGAUCAAAACACCUGGCAUCCAUCAAUUGAACCCUCCUUUGGUGCAAAGGUUCUCUUCUUGCCCAUGCUUGAGAGCGCAACCUAUUUCCAUCCAUACCCAUGUUGAUGAACGGGUCUCGGGCAAGCUGGGGGACCAGAAUCUCGAGAAAGCCGUCAGGCAUAUCAGAAAGGAUGGCCUUGUUGUCAUACAGGAUAUCAUUGAGCAUGGUAUUCUCGAUACUUUGAAUCAGAAAAUGGUUCAAGAUGCGAUGGAGUUGAGGUCAAGGGGUGAAAAUUCCCCAUUCAAUUACAACAAAGGAAACUUGCAGCAGGACCCGCCGCCUGUGAAAGAGUUCUUCUUUCCAGAAAUUUUCACAAAUUCCAUUGCAACUCAAAUAACGUCCGCAGUAUUAGGCCCUCGCCCGAAGCUGACCUUUUGCUCUGGCAAUUCAGCCAUGCCUCUGGAAGCUGGCUCCAUUCCUCAGAGGCAACCUGUCCAUUCGGACGCGGACUUUGCACACCCGGAUCAUGCCUUUGCUCUGGUGGUGAAUGUACCUCUUAUCGACAUGAGUCCUGAAAAUGGAUCGACCGAAGUGUGGCUAGGCACCCACAGUACGUCUAGUGUGAAGGCACUGGAAGGUCUCCAUGGCGAGCGAGCGAGUGGCAGAAUUAAGCCGUCACUUUUGGAGGAACGCAAGAAGAUUAAGCCCCCAACACAACCUUUCAUACCAAAAGGAAGCAUCAUUAUCCGUGACCUGAGACUUUGGCACGCGGGUAUGCCAAACUUUUCCAACGACAUUAGGGUGAUGCUUGCAAUGAUACACUUUGCGCCAUGGUAUCGCAAUCAGAUGAGACUAGAGCUUGCCGAGGAGAUCAGGCCGAUGCUGCAAAAUUUGAGGGAAUUAGAUAUCCGAUCAGACUGGGUUAGUGAAAGCGAGGCCCUCAGCAAGUAUCUGGAUCGUGGCUUUGGAAACAGCUAUGACUUCAACCAGACACCGUAA